GAUGCAUAUUUCUAAAAAAGCACAUUCAUCUUUAAAUCUUGUCAACAAUGACCUAUUGUAGACUCCAGAUAAAAAACCCUAGAAUCAUGUUAAUAAUUCAAACAAGCAAGAAGAUAGCACAAUGAAAGAGUCAAUGGUAGUAGAUGUGUUGAUUUAUAAUCAUCCUCCAAACCUUUAGAAAUUAAUUCCUGUCUCACAAAUUUUUGGAGCAUAUAAAAGAUUAAAAAAUGUUAUAACAAGAACGCCAACUUAAAAAUCAAUGAAAUUAUCAGAAUAAUUUGAAGCUAAUGUUUAUAUCAAAAGGGUAAAUAAAAUAUAUAAUUUUAGGAAGAUUUGCAGAUUGUUAGAAGUUAUAAGUUAAGAGGAGCGUAUAAUAAAAUAAUAUCUAUACCAGAAAGUGAAAGACAUCGUACUGUAUUUUGUUCUAGUGCUGGUAAUCAUGCUUAGGGUGUUGCCUAUGUAUGUAAUUUAUUGAAAAUAAACUGUGUUAUUUACAUGCCAACAAGUACACCUAAUAUUAAGUUUAAUGCUGUCAAGUAAUAUUAAAUUCAUAUUAAGAUCUUGGGGAAAACAAUAUGUUUAGAUUGAAUUGAUUGGAGAUACAUUUGAUGAGAGUUUUAGAGCAAGUAAAGAAAGAUGCAAUAAUGAAAACGGUAUAUAUGUACAUGCUUUUGAUGAUGAGAAAAUUAUAGAAGGUUAAGGAACUAUUGCUGUUGAAAUACUUGAAGAUAUUCCUGAAAAUUAAAUUGACUUUGUUUUCUUUCCUGUUGGAGGUGGAGGAUGUGGAGCAGGAAUUUCAUCUUAUUUUAAAUAAGUUAAUCCUGAAACAAUAAUGAUAGGUGUAGAACCAGAAGGGUAUAUAUAUAUAUUGAUUAUUUAGUUCACCUUCAAUGUAUGAGGCAAUUAAAUAAUAAAAAGUUGUUGAAUUGGAUAGUAUUAACACAUUUGUUGAUGGAGCUGCUAUUAAAAAGUCAGGAGCAAUACCAUUCGAAAUUUUAAAUUCUGUUUUAAAAGAUAUUAUAUUAAUUCCAGAAGGACAUGUUUGUACAACUAUGAUGAAAUUAUUUAAUGAAGAAGGUAUUUUAGUUGAACCUGCUGGGGCUUUAGCAAUAUCAGCCUUAGACAGAUUUAAAGAUGAGAUCAGAGGUAAAACUGUUGUUUGUUUGAUUUCUGGAAGUAACAAUGAUUUAGGAAGAAUGACUGAUAUUAGAAUGCUUUCAGAAAUUCAUUAGGGUCUAUAAUAUUAUAUGUUUGUAAAUUUCUUUUAAAAACCUGGAGCAUUAAAACAGUUUAUUAUACAAUGUUUGGGUAUAUAUAUUAAUCAAUAUAUAAUAUAGGACCAACAGAUGAAAUCACUAAUUUAGAAUACACAAGAAAAAAUAAUAGAGAAAAGGGACCAGCAUUAGUUGGAGUGAAAGUUAAAAAACCUCAAGAUUUUGAGGCAAUUAAAAAUAAAAUGGAAGAAUUAAAAAUUACACUUAGAAUUUUAUAACCAAAUCAAGAGAUUUUCAAAAUGUUAUUGUGA